AUGAAGUUACAUUUAUUGUAAAAUAACUAAAAAAUAUUUAUCUGACAAAAAUAUAUAAAUCAUAUUUUUGGGCCCCAUGGAUAAUCCAUCUGGUUAUGGUCCUAUUUGGAUUUGGGCUUUGACAAUUCAUGUCCAAUAAACGAGAUUGUCCAACUCGACAAACCCAUUUGGACAUGGACAGCCCAAUUGACAUCCCUAGUCCUACGGAACAACUAUGAUGCUAAAUAAUAAAUCCAUAAAUGAAGAAGAAAGACAAAGAUUAUUAGUUAUCAGAAGAAGGUACAAAGAAUUACAUCUGAGCGAGAGAAAGAGUAAGAAGAAACUAGUGUUUUUAAACCCGGACCGACCCGAUGGUUGGACCGGGUUCGACCAUGAACCGGUUAUAUAGUCGGGUUGGGUCUAGUAAUUGGUUCGACCAUGAACCGACCACGUCGAUGGAUUGGAUUUCAAAGUUAUUAAACCGAUAAAAAUCACUAAAACUAUCAAAAAUCUAUAAACCAUCCAUUAAACAUAAAACUAGUUUAUAUUUAUAAUGUUUUAUGUUUUAAAUUUAUUUAUAUUUUAAUUAUGUAUCAUAUUUAAUAAUAUUACUUUAAAAUUUAUAUACUAAAAAUAUAUUGAACCAAAGUAUUGAACCAGGUUUGACCUGAUCGAAUCAUAUUGAACCGUGAUCCAAAAAAAUUUCGGUUCAGCUUCCGGUCUGGUUUUAAAAACGGUGGAAGAAAGAGAUGAAACAUGCGAGAGAAAGGAAGAAACACAAAUGAACUAACCAGAACCAUCUGAUUAUUUUUUAUCAACGGUUAGUAUUUGUAAUCCAUCAGCUAAUGGAUUGACCAAUAGAAAGAGAGAGAAAGGAACAAAUUGACCAAUAGAAAGAGAGAAAGAGAAUCUGUCGAAGGAAGAGAAAUGAGAUAAAAGAAAAAGAAAAAAAAGAAUUAAUUUCAUCUCUUGGAUCAAAUCUCAUCCAAGCGUGUUAAAUUGUUUAAGUGAAUGUAGAUUAGCUAAUAAGAUAUUCAUUUAUAUGUUAUUUGUUUUGGAGUUUGGGGUUUGAAAUUAAAAGUUGGAGACUAAGAUUUGAGAUUAAACUUAAAGUUUUUUGCCAUUAAGAUUUAGAGUUUAGAAUUAGUGUUUAAGGUUUAAGGUUUAAAUACAAGUUAUGAGUUUGAAUUUUCAAAAAAAAAAAUUUAAAACUAUAAAUUUUUAGUUGUAUAUUAGAGUAAUAAUGUUUACUAGACAGACUUAUAGCAUAUUUUAAUAAAUCGUAUAUAAAGCUACAUUAUGUGUUACAAAAAAAAAGCUACAUUCUAAUAAAUUAUAUACAUAUGACUUCAUUAUAAUUUGAUAACUUAGGGUUUAGGGUGUAUGCUUGUAGGUUUUAGGUCGAGUGUGUAGAAUUUGGGGUUUGGGUUUUAAGGUUUAGGGAUUGGCGCUCAUAUACAUACAUUUGUAGGUUAAGUUUAAAGUAUAUGGAGUUUGGGUUUGAAGUUUAAGUUUUCAUUGAUUAGGUUUUAGGGGUUGAUGAUAAUACACACAAAAUUUGUAAGUUUAGGUUAAAGUAUAUAAAAUUAGGGAUUUGGAGUUUAAGUUUUAAGUUUUAGGGAUUGGUUAUGAUACAUAUGUUAUUGUUAUUUAGUUACGUAUUUUUGUGGUUAUCUAUUGAUAAGUAUAAUAAUUAUAGAGACAAUUUAUCCCUACUUAAGACAUUGCUAUCUAGUUACAGAGACUAACAGAAUUUAUCUAGCUAGAGAUUGCUAAAGUUAGCUACAAAUUUAGCUACAAAAAUGAAAUUAUAUAUUCUCUCGCUAUUUUUGUAGCUAAUACAUUUAGCUACGGAAACGUCUUUGCCAAUCCGUAGCUAAUUUGAUGAAUUCUUGUAAUGAAGGUGUGAUGGAGUGGAUUUGAAUUUUUUUUCUUUUGUAUACUAUUUCCUUAAUUCUUUCUGUGUGUCUUUAUCUCAUACUAUCAAACGUUGAGAUCCCUAGUCCAUUAUGCCAGCAUACAUGAUUCAUGUAACAUACUUAUCAAAAAAAAAAAAUGAUUCACGUAACAUUAAGCAUAUAUAUAUAUAUUGCAAUAACACUCUUAUUAUUAGUCUAGAAAUAUUGGUUGGAAAGAAAAAGAAAUAUACAAAUACAAGAGGAUAAAACAAUAUCAUACAAUAAUUAAAAGGAGAAUAAGAGCAUCAGAUAGCCUGUCCACGUAGGCCAAGAAAAUCAUCCAAUGGGGAGCCGUUUUUUAUCCACGUCACGCGGGGGAUGGGCUGUUUUGUUUCCUUGAUCCGUAAGAUGUAAAAUUUGGCCCAAAAGCCCAAUCCAAAAUAAACGGAUUUUAAUCUACAAAGGGACAAAGGACAAAAAAAAAAUCUAUAACCACCAAAACUAAUCUCUUAUGGGACAAAUGAGUGUAAGUUAUGAUUAUACCCUUAAUGAAAGCUCAACAUCAACCAUUGGAUCUGAUUCUUCACGUUAUAAUCUGAGCCGUCCGAUCUUUAAAGAUGAAAUAUUUACAAUAAUGUCAUUAAUGAAACUUGUCUCUCAGCCGCUGGAUCUUAUGAGUCUGUUUUAAUCUUAGCCAUCAGAUUUUGUCUGGGUCCCACUGAAAAUUUAAUCACUCUUCUUCUUCUCCAUUUCUUCUUCAACCAUACCCAACCACGAAAAUUCAUUUCCUUCACCAACCAAACCUCUAUUCUUCAACUCUUCACCCACAAACCUUUACCUCUGUUUCUUAGGGUAUUUUUACAGGUUAUGACACCGUGAAACAUCCCAUUUGCGUCGUCCUUGGUUCUGAAAUCUAUUGGAAGUAUGGAUAGCAAUGGAUCUGUGGUGAUACACUUUGAACAUGGUGUAGACCGACAUAUUUCUACUUUGGUGAUGAAAGGAAGAUAUCAGGAGAUUACUUAUUCCCACUUGGUUGAUAGAAUAGGCAAAAAACUGAAGAUUGAUGUAGAUGCCACCAAGCUUCAACUGAGUUACUUUCCGCUGGUCUUGAAUAAUAAAAAUUCUUGUUAUAUCUUGGAUGAUGAAGAUGUUUUAGGAUAUUUGAUGAUGGUAGAUAAGAAGAACCGACGUUGUGUCUUGCAUGUGGAACUUGCCAAAAUCGUCUCAGAAAAUCAGAGCAAUGAGAUGUUUUCUAUGAAUGAGGAAAAUCUGAGUGAUGCCAGAGCUAAUGAUGGCAUGGUUGGAGUUGGAGAGUUGGAAAUUGUUCCUCAUAUUCAGGAGGAUGAGUUUGAGCAUGAGAAAAUCAGUGAAGAGGGUGAUGAAAUGGAUGAUAGGGAGGAGUUGCCGGCUGUUACAGCAGUUGAACCUCCUGUUGUCAAUUCAGAAUGGGAUGAUGGCAUUGAUAUUAGUCUUCAUCAAGAAUUUGCGACUAGAGAAGAAGUGAGGGAUUUAGUGGACAAAGGUGUGCAUUCCAAUUGUUUUGAGGUUGAUAUACAGAAGUUGAAUCCUCGGGUUUACAUAUUGAAAUGUCGUGGGGCUGGAUGCAGAUGGUAUUUACGAGCUGCAAAGCUGAAGAACUCUGAUUUUUUCUCUAUCAGAACGUAUAGAAAGAUUCAUACGUGCUCUCGUGGAGAUGCAAGUGUCAUGAAGAAGAAGAAAAGAGGCACGCCAAGCUUGGUCGCAUCAGUGGUGCACUCUGAUUAUCCCGGCAAAUACAAGACUCCGGAUCCAAAGACUCUCAUAGAUUUGGUGCAGAACAAGCUGGGUGUUAAGGUUUCAUAUUCUACGGCUUUGAGAGGGAAAAAUAAAGCUUUGAGUGAUUUACGUGGUAACCCGGAGGAGAGUUUUGCUAGGCUGCCAUCUUACUUGUACAUGUUACAAAGGAUGAAUCCUGAUACCAUUACACGAUUAGAAGUGGAUGAGAAGAACCAGUUUAAGUAUAUGUUCUUUGCGCUCGGAGCUUGCAUCGAAGGGUUCAAGGCGAUGAGGCAAGUGAUAAUAAUGGAUGGAACUCACCUGAAGGGUGUGUGCAAAGGAGUGCUUCUCAUUGCCACUGCUCAAGAUCCAGAUCAUCAUCAUUAUCCCCUUGCUUUUGCAGUAGUAGAUGGUGAGAAAAAUGCAAGCUGUGAGUGGUUUUUAACUAUAUUAAAAACUUUGAUACCAGAUGAUCCUCAGCUUGUAUUUUGUACUGAUAAAAACAAAAGCAUCAUCAAGAAAGUACACGAGGUAUACCCAUUGGCGGUCCAUGGAUAUUGCAAUUAUCACUUGUCUAAUAAUGUCAGCGGAGCUUGCAGCAAUGUUAACAAGAAAGGGGUUGCCAAAAAAUUUAGAAGUAUUGCUGGUAUUUACAGUGAGGUGGAGUUCAUCAAAUGCUACAACGAUUUCAGGAAAAUAUAUCCUCAAGCGGCCGAGUAUCUAGAUGACAGUGUUCAUGAGACAAAAUGGGCAAGAUGUAAAUUUCCGGGAGAAAGGUACAACAUAGACACAACCAACACUGUUGAAUCUAUCAAUGGUGUUUUGAAGGAACCAAGGAAAUAUGCGUUGUUGCCAAUGCUUGAUGUGAUCGUGGAAAAGAUAACAGAAUGGUUCAACAAAUACCGUCUAUUAUCUCUGCGCGUACCAGAGAGGCAGAUACUAAUCCCACAUGUGCAUGGGAUAUUGCAUCACAUAUAUCCUUCGGCUAAAAAGCUGAAGGUGACCGAGCUAAAUAUAUUUGAAGGUCACUACAAUGUGCUUGGCGAGGAUGGUCAUGGUUAUUUGGUUGAUCUGAGCAACAAAACAUGCUAUUGUAGGUGUUUUGAUAUUGAUAGGUAUCCUUGUGUGCAUGCACUUGCUGCCAUCAUGGCGCGUGGAGAAAUGGCUGAACAUUAUUGUUCUAGGUAUUACUGGAUGGAGCAGUGGACUUUGGCAUAUUACAGGACAAUAUAUCCAGUGCCUCAUCAUUCAACAUGGGAAAGUUCUGAAAUUCCUGAGGAAAUCCGAUAUCAGGUUGUCCUCCCUCCGUAUGUGGAGAAAAAAAAAGGAAGACUACAAGUUACUAGAUUCCCAUCUGCCGGAGAAUAUCGGAGGAAGAGAAAGAAGAAGUUUCCACCAUUGAUUGGUGAAAACGAAGAAAGUGGCAGUGAUGGCAGUGACAGUGAUAGCAGUGGUAGUGACAGCAGUGACAGCAGUGGAAAUGGGAACGAAGGAGGUGACAACGAAGGAAGUGGUAACGAAAAAAAUGAUGAAUGAGUCUCAUUUGUGUUGUAGAAUUUAUUUGUGUGUUGUGGAACUUAUUUGUGUUGUAGAAUUUAUUUAUGUGUUGUGGAACUUUAUUUAUGCAUUAUGUUGUUUCAAUCAGGUAAUACAGGUGCAACAUGGUAAAACUUGAUAAAAUAUAACACUCAUAUAUUUGUGUUGUCUUACUGGUACAACUCGUAAAACUCAAAUAGGUUCGACUGGUAAAUCUAGUACAACUAUGUCUAAUUUACUAAAAUAGGAUCUACUAGUAUAACUAGUACAACUGUGCAGGUUGUAAAAUUUAAAUAUUCUUUUGGGUGUUCCCUAUUAAAAAACCAAUCAAAUAGUCUAAUUUUUAAGUGUUUGGAAAGGUUUCUUUGUGUUUUGUAUUGUGUUCUUUUUUUUUUUUAGAUUUCUAACUCCAUCACAAAAGCUUGUUUGAUCUACCUUAUACUUUUAAGGUUUGUUAACUUGUUUGUCACUUAUUUUUUUCAAAACAUACAUGACAAGUAUUUUCACAAUAGUGAUGAUUUCAUUGUAUCCGGGCAAGCAUAUGUAAACAUACAACAGUGGUACAACUAAGGUAAUUGUAUUUUUUAUAUGGUACAACUAAUAUUUUCCGAUUUCACUGCCAAAGUAUAACUAUGUACAAAUUGGUACAACUAAUAAACUAGUACAACUAUGUGAAACU